AUGGUCAAGCGCAAGGCACUAACGCAUCCUACCAUGACGGAGGACGACAGGAAAUCAACCAGGAAACCACUCGACACCGGUACUGACAUCUGCGUGUAUCCCAAGUCACUAAUACCUGGGCCACGUCAGAAAUCCACGUUCACGCUACAGGCAGCAAACGGCACCAACAUAGUGACUUAUGGUACCAUUGUUCUGUCUCUCAAUUUAGACCUACGAAGAUAUUUCCCAUGGCGAUUCAUCAUAGCUGACGUCACCAAACCAAUUAUCGGUGCAGAUUUUCUUGCACACUACCAAUUGUUGGUAGACUUAAGCAACCAACGACUCCUGGAUCGACUCACACACCUCACCACCUCUGGUCAACUAAUCAACUGCAGCCAACCUUCCGUUACUUUCGUCACAGAAACGAAACCGACCACUUCUGCUUACCACGAGAUACUUCAGCAUUUUCCCUCAUUAACUCGACCCAGAGGCCAGAUCACCUUAUCGAAACAUUCAACGAGACACUACAUCAACACUACCCCCGGUCCACCGGUAGCAC